AUGCCUAGUGUCAUGUGGACCUUUACCCUGGCGGCUGCUGCCACCCUCGUCGCUGCUUCCAGCUCUUCUUUUUCUUCUUCCUCUGACGACGACAAGUUUCAGAUCUACGCUUAUGGUGACGAGAUUGGCGGAUUUCCCAUCAUCUCUGCUGGUGAGGAUGCCUUCAUCGGUGACCACACUCUUAUCGACAACGAUGAGUUGGCCCCCGUCAUCUUCACUCCCGACAGCGGUGUCCUGACCGGGUCUCCCAACACGACUGCCGCCCUGAACUCGAGCUCUCUCCCGACCUGGGCCGAUCUCAAGCUCGGCGUCCCUUCUCCGAGCUCGUCCUCGCACACGGUCCGGUUCGCGAGCUCCAACUCGACCAACUCGACUGAUCUCAUCACCGACGAGUGGAGCAGGUACGGUUCCUUUGUCGGGAUCGAAUCGAACGGCACCAUGAACAUGCUCUGGUACGCCGCGCCCAGCGACACCGAUGGUGUCUACAAGCUGCAGUGGAACGACACCGUCGACAGCACCGAAGGUCUCAUCACGCUCUCCUUGAGGACCUCUGCCCCUUCCAACGAAGAAGCUUGA